AUGAACAAGGAAGACAUUAGGAAACUUCAAAAAGAACGGAAUAUACUUACUAAAAGGUAUCAUUAGCGCACAAAACAAACUUAGCAAGUUUUUGGAAUAAAUUUCGUGAGGUGCGCAACAAGAUCAAGAAUGAGAUCAAGUCAGUUAACCGUGCUUUUUUCAGGAGGGCCCAAUCCUCCAAUAAACCCAAAGAAAAAAUACAUCGUAUUUUAUGUCCCAGUCCCCAGCCAAUCAAAGUGGACCCUGACGCACCGAACAAGCACUUUAGCUCCACAUCGCAACGCUUACUAGAAUCAGAGGCAAAUACAUUAGACUUCGUUUUAGACCUCAUUUAUUUCCUUCCUGAAGAGCACCUUGCUUGCUCGUUUAACCUACGCCCCGUUACUUACAGUGAGGUGAUGAAGAUGUUAACAACUCAAGAUCUGACUGUUGAACCGGUGCCGAUCAUAUUCCUGCAAAGUAUCUUAAACUCAGUGCCGAUAUCAUAG